UUAAAAUAAAAAUCCAACACUGUUUCCAAAACCCCAAAACCUUUCCCCCUUUCCUCUUUCCUCUUUCCUCCGUUGCUGCCGCCACUCUCCGACCACCCGUUCCCCACCCACCCAAUUCUCUCCCUACCCUCCCUUUCAUGAGCACCACCUCCAAAUGGCCACAUCUCAAGUCCCUCCCUCCGUCCCCUGGCACUUCACCGAGCUCGACGAUCGUCUCUUCCAAAUCCGCGGCCGGACCUUCUUCUUUGUCGCCGUUUUAUUCGCCGUCAUCCUUCUCGUAACUUUUAUUUUCCUUUACGCCCGUUGGGUCUGCCGAUUCCACCAGCUCACCACCUUCUCCGCCCCUCUUCCCGUCCACCGGCUGCCCAGUUCGCCGCCGCAGCAGGGCCUCGGCGCCACCACUAUUAUCUCCCUUCCGAUCACUCUGUACAAGCCUCCGGCUGCGAAAGAGGAUGCGCCUGGCGCUGCCGCAAACGAUGCAGGGGAGUGCUCCAUUUGCUUGGGCGUGUUUGAAGACGGGGAGAAGGUGAAGAUUCUGCCGCCAUGCCGUCAUUGUUACCAUUCCGAGUGCGUGGACCGGUGGCUCCGAUCGCACUCGAGCUGCCCGCUUUGCCGUGUAUCUCUCUGUAUUGAUCCGUCGAACAAUCUUGAAAUGGUUUGAGCCGAUAGAUUUAUGGUAAAUUUAAUGUUUGUAUUCAUGAAUUUGUUACCAUCUUCUUCCCCUUUUGUGAAUUUGAUUAAUUUGGUCAACUUCACAUCAAGUAAUUAGAAUGAAAAUAACUUUGGGUCUUAGAUCCAUAUAAUCUUCUUUGAUAUUGUGUACAAUUAUUAUUCAAUUCAAAAGCCAUGGAUUAUAUAUAUAGUAAACAUUUUGAUUUUU